UUAUAAUUACGGUUCUUAGCUUAACUAACAAAACGAGACUCUUCGUACUGGAGUAAAGCGAAGAAACCCUAAAGCGCGAAGAUAUGGCGAUUGCGAGAACGGGCGUUUUCGUCGACGAUUAUUUGGAGUAUUCGAGCACGUUGGCGGCGGAGCUCCGAAGGCUUCUCUCCACCAUGAGAGAACUCGACGAAAGAGCCCAAGGUAUUAUUAGCCAAUCAAGAGAUCAAACAAGAUACUACAUCGGAAUGCAUGCUCAAAGCUCAAAGAAAACAAGUUAUGAUGAAGAUGAUGAUUCAGAACUUGAAAAAUUAAAAAAAGAGAUCGAGGCUAACCAAGAAAAUGCACUGAGCCUCUGUACUGAGAAGGUGGUGCUUGCGAAACAAGCUUAUGAUCUCUUAGAGAGCCAUGUGAAAAGACUCGAUGAGGACUUGAAUCAGUUUGCUGAAGAUUUAAAGCAAGAGGGAAAAAUACCACUAGAUGAACCAGCAAUCCUUCCACCUUUACCUAUGGUUGGCAGGGAGGAGAAACGCAAGGGGGGGUAUAUAACACCUCAAUCAAAGAGGUUUAGAGGAAGGGAUUGGGACAGAGAGAGAGAGAUGGAUCUUGAGCUGAUGCCUCCUCCGGGAAGUCAUAAAAAAUCUGUUAUUGCGGCUUCUGACUUUGAUCAAUCCAUUGAUCCUAAUGAACCAACUUAUUGUGUUUGUCACCAGGUGUCUUUUGGAGACAUGAUCGCAUGUGAUAAUGAGAAUUGCGAGGGAGGCGAAUGGUUUCACUAUUCAUGUGUAGGCCUGACGCCGGAGACUAGAUUCAAAGGGAAAUGGUUUUGUCCAACAUGCAGGCAGCAACCGUGAUCUGAUUUGUGGUACUUGCUUGCUCAACUAGCCAGGUACAUUAUGCUUUCUAUUAAGGGGGCACCCCUCUGGCUCUAUCCAAAGACAUUUUGGUGGGAUAUUGAUGAAGUAUUUAUCAACUCUGUAAUGCAGUAGUUUAUGAAAUUUUGAAGAAGAAACAGCUUUGAGAUACCAUAAAAUGGUAUGUGUUAUUAACGAUAAGAAGAAGUUCUUCAGGUGUUGGAUUGAUGUAUAGUUCACGUAAUAUGCAAUGUACUGUAAAUAAGCUCGCUGUACAAAUGUUUCCAUGCAUUACUUGAAGGGUUUUGAUUUGUUUGCAUA